UUCUGUCUUUUCAAUCCCUGAAAUCUUAUCCACAUAUACCUCUUUUUUUAUUCCAUUCUUUGGUGUCUAAAAUUACAAUUCUUUUGAGAUUGAAAUCAUUCAUUUUCUUUAAUGGUGGCUGCGCUUGGCUUGUUGUUGUCUUAAAGAUUCAAUCUUGUUCUAUGAUUUAGCACUUCGUAAGGGAUCUUCUUUACAAGCCAGUUGUAUUAGGAUGUGGCCACAUUUCAUGUUUCUGGUGCGUCUUCAAUUCCAUGAGUGCUUGUCAUGAAUCCAAUUGUCCAGUUUGUCGAUUCCCAUAUAAUCAUUUCCCUAGUAUCUGUAAUUUGCUGCAUUUCAUACUCCAAAAGUUGUAUCCAACAGCAUAUCAGAGAAGGGAAAAGCAAGUGGGAGAAGAAGAGAAGGAAGCUGGCUUCUUUUCACCUGAAGUUCAAAAUCCGCUAGCCGGACCACAGCCUACUGAGUCAAAUAUUCCUGGAAAUGUUGCACAUUCUCCCCCUUGUCCAAAGUCAAAGAACUCUGAAAGUUGUUCUUCUGGGGUAGGAGAAUCUCCUUCACUUGUAAAUUCACCAGAAAUGUUAGACCAUGAAGCCAAUAGUUCAAGCGUUUCAAUAUCUUCAAAGAAUGUUGAACAAACUGAAAAUGCAGCCAUCCAAGAGCAUUGUUUGCAUGGUAAUGAUCUUGAAAAUGGAACUCACAAGGAGAUUUCUGUUUCUGAUCUACUAUGUGCUGCAUGCAAGAACCUGCUCUAUCAACCUGUUGUUCUCAAUUGUGGCCAUGUAUAUUGUAAAUCUUGUAUAAGCAUCCCAGAAGAUGGAAUUUCUAGGUGUCAGGUUUGUCAAAGCAUGCAUCCAAAUGGAUUUCCAAGUGUGUGCUUAGUUUUAGAGCAUUUCUUGGAGGAGCAGUACCCUGAAGCUUAUGCACAGAGACAAGCAUCUUCACUAAAACAAGCUGACAGUCAGUUGAAUGUUCGUCAACGUGCGGGCCGAUCAUCAUCAACACUUUCUGAUGAGUACUUAUCCUGCUGGUAUGGUGUCGGGCCAAAAGUUCACUUUGGAAUUGGUUGUGACUACUGUGGGAUGUCUCCAAUUAUUGGAGAGAGGUACAGAUGUAAAGAUUGUGUGGAGCUAAUGGGUUUUGACCUAUGUGGAGCAUGCUAUAAAGCCCCUUUUAAGAUGUCUGGUCGAUUCAAUCAGCAACAUAAACCAGAACACAAGCUUGAGAUUGUACAGCCAGAGAUGAUAGAUAUCGUUCCCUACCAGUCAGAUGAAGAUGGUGCGGAGGUUAUUGAACACCUAGGAAAUAUCCCUCCUGUUCCCAUUCCACAAGAACCAGAAAAUGGCUCUAACAAUCUGUAAAAUGGUUCUGCUGCUUUUGUGAUGUCAAUUGAUACUUCACGAGAUCCAGAUAAUGAUUUUAAUGAUUGUUUACCGGAUUUGACUCAAGAAUGAGAAGAUACCGCGCUAUAAUCCUAAAAUCUAACUAUUGUCAGAUCCAUUUUUAUUCAAUGCAAUAAGUCAUGUGGUUUCAUUGUUCUUUUUAGUAUCAUUAUUCAAUUUUCUUGCAUGAGAAAAAUGUCUAUUGAACUUGAGAUACGCUUUCGAUAAGGAUAUGGCUACAGAGCUACCAGU